GAGAGAGAGCGAGGCGGACGAGCGAGCGAGCGAUGCGCUGAAGCAUCGAUCACGGACGAGCGCGCGGGGAUGAGCGAGCCGUUCAAUUAAAGCGUUCCAGAAGCGCGACAGAGACCGCGAAGGAACUGGGGGAGCGGAGCCGCGCGUGACUCGCUCGGAAAAUAUUAGUCGAGGAGGACGAGGCUUGUGCGAUGUUGCCUCUUAUUAGCGUGUCUGCCGAACGACAGUCGCGCUGAGAGUCGAGCCGGUUACUCGCAGCAUCGGUGAUCGUCCGCGGAUUUCUUGCGGAGGAGUCGGUGCACCGAGAACGGGCCGGCCAGUUCGAAAAAUUCGGUCAAAGUCCGCGGGACAUGCCGAAGAGAAUCUGAGCCGCGCGCGAUCGCGAUCGACGCGUCGUCGAUGCCAAACGUGCGAGACUGAUCCUCCCUCUUUCUCUCUCUCUCUCUCUCCCUCUCCCUCCGUUUCUCAGCCGUUCUCUCUCUGUUCCCGUCUCUUUCGCCGCUUCGAUUCUGUUUCGCGACGCCGAACGAUCGAAAACACGAUCGCGUUUUUUCGAAGCGUUCCAGACAAACGGAAUAUAGCCAUCGCGAACGAUGAAGUGGUGUUUAGUGAUGCUGAUCUUGGCCGGUGUCUCGUGGGCCGAAAACUCUCUCGACAACUCGGAAUACAUGAUCUUUUCGUGUCCGAAGCUCAACUCCCAGGAAGAGAUCGAUCUCGACAAGAUAAUGGGCAAGUGGUACGUGGUCGAAGUGUUGGAGCACAAAGCCGAUCCGCAGAAGCCCGCCACCAAAUCGUACAUCGUCGAUUCCUGUCCGAUUGUUAAGCUGACGUCGCUCAAGUACUUCUCGCUGAAGCUGUACUGGACCGAGGAAGCUGGGAACCUCGAAUACACUUUCCGGAUACCGAACGAAUCGAGGAAUCCGGGUGUCUGGGUAUCCAGCUCUCCGCAAAACGGAACGCUGGUGAGCAUGGCGGAGGGGCAGUACCAACAGUUCACCGGCACCGUGCACGUGAUGAAGGCCGUGGCCUCGGACAUGGUGCUAACUUUCUGCUCGGGACGCUCGGAUAAUCAGCUCUACUCUCUGCUGCUCGCGCGGGAGCAUAUCCUGCAGAAGAGCGACAAACGAGGCGUCCACAACCUGCUCGGUCGGCGUGGCUUGAAAAUCACCAGCAUUCGGGAGACCUGUAUGAACAACGCGGCACGAACGGGGCCGUACUUCGACCUGACCGGCUGGGUGACACUUAUGGGUGUCUUGUACACGAGCGUUCUCCUCGGCACGUGGUAGUGGUGAUCGCCUAAUGGCAACGGUUCUCGAGGCUUCGAGACGAAGAAGGCAUGCUCGAGCAGGGCUCGGACGGCCGGGAGCAGUUUCCGGAGCUCGAGGGCCACGCGCGGAGCCAAAGUCGAGAGAGUGAGGGUAGCGGCGUUGCGUGGUUGGGUCUCGGUGAGAGCUUAGUCGAGUUGUAGGGGUCGCGAGACGGCAUCGAUCGGUGGCGGUGCUUCGCUGACGGUGUGCUCCGCCCACCGGCUCUUCCCACUGGCCCUCGGAAGGUGCGGCUUGCUCCGCUAGCCGCUUCUGGCCCGCGAGAGUCCCGAUUCGAGCAUGCCCGAAUCGUGGGACGAUCGUUAGCUGACCAGGCAAAUCUGCAGACUGGUUUGCCCGAUCGAGUGCGAAGAUCAUUAAACGGGUCACUCUACGAGAGAGCCUCGACUGUCUCGAGAUGUUGAUCGUGCUGAAAGGAAAGAAAUAAAGAGGCAGGCGACUUCUGCCGGAAGAAGAGUAGUAGCAUCUGUUACGAAGCGACAGACUCGUUUAACGACGUAGCCGAUACCAGGAGCCCCGAGUCUCCUUUUGAUCGCGAAAGAAAGCCCUUAAUUGCCGACGCAGCUAACGAUCCCGCGUCUCGUGUCCGAUCCACGAGGCCGGCCCGAGUCCCCGACGCAAUCGUAAUAGGAAUCUCGGUUCGGUUGUCCGACGAACGAACGAGAAACGCGAAUCACGACGCUGGCAGCGUCCGCUGACUCUCACUCUUUCUCUCUCUCUCUCUCUCUCUCUCUCUCUCUCCCUCUCUUUCUUUCUCUUUCUCCUCUCUCUCUCUCUCUCUCUCUCUCUCUCUCUCGCUUUCUCUCACUCACAUCCCGAAACGCAGGAAAGAAAACUCGAAAAUCCGCGCUCCGACCACACCAGCUCGUCGCGAAUUCCUGUUUCUCUGGAUAAUGCCGUUCCGCCGGGACCGAUUCUGUUGGACAGUCCAUGUGCCGUUUCGUUUCGUUUCGUCCCGUUUCGUCUCAUCUCGUCUCGCCUGGAAUCACGUAGAUCUCGCGUCGUCCCAGUUCUCUCAAUUGCCGCUAUCGCGAUACCAUUUUUCCUCCUCGACGGAACGGUCCCCCGAGUUCCCUCGAAUGAACAAACAGACAUACUCGGGGCUCGACUAAACCGUGUAUACCCGUAAUAGUCGUGUCUCAUUUCCCAUGCAGAAUCGAAUUUGCGAUUUCGCAGUGUUCAAGCUUCCGCGGACUCACUCUUUCAGUACCGGAUCGUUGGCCAACUCAGCCGCGACUCUAUCGUCUCGUGCGUUAACGCGUUCGUUGCCACCUUUUGCCACUCGGUGACAGUCUCCGUAAUUAUCGAGCAACUUGGUGCCACUAACAUUCUCGUACGAGAGAUUUAUUUAUCAAAAUCUUGUAAAUUGCAACGCGAUCGAAUUCUGUUCGAUAGCGAACGUAUUAUCUGCUCUGAAGAAUUUAUCGUUCUAUUUAUAUUUGCUGUAAAUAAAGCCGACCGACUGUACCAUAAAUCCGCAGCGUUUUCCGAAACAAUUUUUUACGGCAUUGUGCACUGAUAAAAUGUAUUGAGAAGAGAUCGUAAAUAGCGAAAUGGAAUACAGUUUACAUUGAGUUGUUUAUUUUCGGAUCGAAAAUGAAAUGGUUGGGAAUAAAGCUACGGAUUUAUUGUACAGCGUGAAUUCUCCUGCCAGCGUUAGCCGACGCCGACACCUUUCCCUCGUCCCGUGAUUCCUUAGCCGAAGAACAGGAACAGUACCGUCGCGGAGCGACACACAUAUCAGCGCGACGAUCAUUGUCAGAAGGGAGGAGAGUUCGUUGGGCGACGUUCGAACGGAGGGAAGAAAAUAAAAGACGGGGGAGGAGUUCUGUCUGCGAAGCAUCGGGGCUGAAAGAGUUGAUCGCGGAGCACGCUCGUUCCUCCGGGAAACGAUCCUCGCCCGGAAGGAAACGGGUCUACCGUGAACAUUAGUCGCGUUAGAUAGCAUUGCAUGUUGUAUGUAUCUCGGUUCGUGGAUUUAAGAAGACAAUAGCAGUGUCGAGACGAUCGCGUUCUUCUACGGAGAUCGAUACAGUGUAGCCGAUUAUAAGAGAUUCGUCCUACUAAACUUCGCGAACGAGCGGGAGGGAAAACG